AUGGCCGACAGUCCCGAUACCAUGGAAGAGACCGAGUCCAGCUUCGAAGUCCGCGGACCGGCCGUGGUCUCUUGGGAAUCGCAGAGCAGCGAUACGCCGCGCUACGUCAAUCCGGACCCCGCGAACAAACGCGUGGUACUUGAAGUCUGCCUCGACCGAUCCGCUUGCCUUUUCCGGCUACGCGUCCCCAUCCGGCUCAAGAGUCUCGACAACACCUACCUCUACUUCCACAUUCCUCCUGACCAUAUCUCGUCGCUCGAAUGGACCAUCGACUCUGACGCUCCCGGUGUCGUGCGCCAGCAGCUGAAUGGCAGCCUGACUCGCCUCAAAUUCCGUCUGUGCACCCCCGGGCAGCUGGUCGUACCGGCCCAGCAAUCCCUCGAACCGAAAAAGCCGGCGACGGCGCGUGCUAUCGAGGCCCUGGUCUCCUUAGCCGCCGUCGACUCGCUGUCGGUCUACGUCGAACAUACUGUCCUAUCCAAACCGCGCCUCGAACUUCUUGAAGCCGCCGUCAAGUCCGGCGCCUCGUCGCCGCCCGCGCGACUCCUCGACCUACGCAGCCUCUAUAACGGCAAGGGGGGCAAAUACUUUCCUUCCCCCGUCGACGAGAAUGGCACCAGCACGGCAUCCGACGACGCUGCUUCCACCGUCGCUGUCGACACCCCGCCGCCGUACGACGAGAUUGGCGCGGGGCCUCCUAUGCCCCCCAUCGUACAAGCCGACAAGUUAGGGAAGCGGACCCGUCACAGUAGCGGUAGUAGGAGCGGCAUCGGUUCGCCCGCCCGACCUCUCAAGCGAGUCACCCACGUCCGGGACGUCCAGGAUGCCUCGGCGAGUGUCUCUAUUACCGAGCAGGUCUUGAAGUCCGGGCUAGAGUUGUCCGAGGAGUCCGGGCUUCUCGCCCAACUCCUGGCUCUGGUCAAGAUGCAACAAGAGACGAUCGAGCGGCUCAACGACACGGUUGCUGGGCUGGAGUCGCGCGUGGCGGAGAUGCAAGGGCGCCUUGACGAGACGGGCGAUAAGGUAGAUGUCCUGGACGUUAGUGUAUGCGAAUUAGGACAGGGCGUCGAUACACUGGAGAGCCAGAUGCCGGACAUUGAAGACAUCUUGGAAGAGGCCCUGAAGAGGAAGAUCAGUGACGAGGUACAGGAGCAGUCACGGGCAUCGCCAGGGCAGGACGCGGAGGUUGGCACGGUGUGGCGGAGCAUGGUCGUGCCUGGGAGUUGGACCGGGUUGAAGCGCAGCUGCGGAUUGCCGGGCUUCGUCCAGUUGGGGCGGCAGUACUGGUUGCAGUCGUACUAA